AUGGGGUGGUCUUUAGUGAAGUAUUUACUGUGGGCUUUACUUCUUAUUGUUCAAAUUCAUGAGCACAGGGCUUGUUUUGAGGAAGAGAGGAUGGGUCUGUUAGAAUUGAAAACCUUUAUAAAAUCCAAUGUUAAUCAUACCAACCACCUAUUUCCAUCAUGGGUUAACGAAAUAAGGAGUGAGUGUUGUAGGUGGGAGCGGGUCACAUGCAACGACAUCACUGGUCAUGUGAUCAAGCUCUCGCUUUCCAGUAUAAUAAAUCGGAAUUAUUAUAAUCGUUGGCUCCUAAAUGUGUCUCUACUGCAGCCUUUCAAGGAGCUAAGAAAUCUUGAUUUAUCUGCCAAUGGAAUUCUUGGGUGGCUAGAAAAUGAAGAACUGGUUUAUCUAAGCAACUUGGAGGUACUUAUCUUGCAACAGAGUUGCCUUAAUGGAAGCCUACCAUUGAAGGAUAUGGCAAAUUUCAGCAGUUUGAAGGUUUUAGAUUUGAGUAAAAAUCAUUUCACUGGAAGUAUUCCUCCAUAUAUUGGAGCGUUAUCAUCUCUCAAGGCUUUAUCAUUAUCUUUUGCAAAUCUUAGAGGAACUUUAGCCACUCAAGAUUUGUGUGCACUGACAAAACUUGAAGAGCUAGAUCUUGGUGGUAAUAACUUUGAAGGAAGCCUUCCUCCAUGCUUAACCAAUUUAACAUCUCUUCGGUUGUUAGAUAUAUCUAACAACCGGUUUAGUGGAAACAUGUCUUUCUCUCCAGUAGCCAACUUGACAUCUCUUGAGUACAUUGAUCUAAGUUAUCAUCUUUUGGAUGGUUUAUUCUCUUUCAACUUAUUUGCUAAUCACUCAAAGCUUAAGGUGAUUCAGUUUUUGAGUGACAACAACAAACUUGACAUAGAAACUGAAAAUCUCAGUUGGCACCCUUUGUUUCAGUUAAAGGUCCUAGUAAUGUCUCAUUGUAAUAUAAACAAGCCCAUAGGCAACAUUCCGAAGUUUCUCUAUGACCAGCAUGAAUUAGAAGUGGUUGCAAUCACUCACAGUAGGUUGAAUGGAAGCUUCCCCAUUUGGUUGCUUGAAAACAAUACUAGAUUACAAGUGUUAAAUCUUCGAAGUAACUCUUUCACUGGUCAAUUUCAGUUGCCAGCAUAUCAAUACAUUGAUCUUCGUUGGUUGGAUAUCUCAAACAAUCACUUACAUGGGGAGCUUCAAGAAAAUAUCGGAAAGAUGAUUCCGAAAUUAGAAUAUCUAAAUUUAUCUCAAAAUCAUUUUGAAGGUAAUCUCCCAUCCUCAAUUGGUGACAUGAGUAAUUUGUACAAAUUGGAUUUGUCCUUUAAUGAUUUUUCAGGAGAGAUACCAGUGGAAUUGAUAGCUAAUUGCACCUACUUGAAAUUUUUGAGGUUAUCUAAUAAUAAAUUUCAUGGUGAAAUUUUUUCAAAGAACUUCAAUCAAUCCUUGUUUUUAUUAGAAUUGAAUAAUAAUAAUUUCACAGGGACUCUUCCAGUGGUACCCUUGCAUGUCGGGAUGGUCCUAAAUAUUAGAAACAAUUACAUGUUUGGUAGAAUUCCCGUAUGGAUGGUAAACGAUAAUUCAUCCAAGAUUGUUGACCUAAGUAACAACUUUUUCGAAGGUCAAAUUCCAUGUGGACUAGGUUCAUUUGAUGUAAUUAACCUUUCUCAUAACCUGCUUUCAGGAUUUUUACCUUCUUGUUUGAAUCUACGAGAUGUGAGGCACAUACUUUUGCGAGGGAAUAAACUCACAGGAUCAUUACCGAAAGUAGUUUUCAAUUCAUCAUCUCUUUUGACAGUGGACAUUAGAGAUAAUAGCUUUUCGGGCAGCAUCCCUGAAGGAAUUGGUGAACUUUCUAACUCAAGAGUACUUUUGUUGAGUGGAAACCAUUUUAGUGGUAUGAUUCACAAGCAGAUGUGUCAGUUAAAGAAGCUAGGCAUAAUGGAUCUUUCCAAGAACUUUCUUACUGGGACAAUACCAUAUUGCUUUCACAACAUAACCUUUGGGAAGUUAAAUGAUAUUGAUUUUGUCUAUACAAAUGAUUCUUUUCUAGAGGGCUUCGGUUUUUCCCUCCCAUAUAAGUCUCUUCUAAGUAGGGAUAUUGACAUUAAAGGGACACAUUUGGACAUCCAUGAACAAGUUGGGAUUCAAAUUGUGACGAAAUAUAGGUCUGACUUGUACAAGGGUCUCAUCCUUGAUUUGAUGUCUGCUUUGGAUUUGUCAUUGAACAAGCUAAUAGGUGAAAUCCCAGUAGAGUUAGGACAGUUAUCUUCAAUUCAUGCAUUGAAUUUGUCCUACAAUCAAUUGAUAGGUUCUAUUCCAAAAACAUUCUCAAAAUUGACUCAAUUGGAGAGCUUAGACCUUUCUCACAACAGUUUGAGUGGGGAAAUUCCUUCAGAAUUAAUUGAUUUGAAUUCUCUCUCAACUUUCAAUGUGGCUCACAACAACUUAUCAGGUAAACUUCCAGACUUUAAAGCACAAUUUGCAACAUUUGGAACGGGUUGCUACAAAGGAAAUCCUUUUCUUUGCGGUCCACCAUUGGAGAAAAGUUGCACCGAGAUAGUUGAAUCAACUCCAUCACCACAAAACUCUUUAAAGGCAAGUGACGGAAAAUGGUAUGCAGUUGAUCUUCUAGUCUUCUCUAUAAGUUUUUGGGUAUCUUACAUUAUUUUCUUUUUAGGUAUAGCUAGUGUUCUUUAUAUUAAUCUUCAUUGGCGGCAACGAUGCUUCAACUUGGUUGAGGAUCGCAUGUAUUGUUAUUAUUAUUUUGCUUUAAAUGCCCUAAAAGGGCUACAAAACUGUAUGUGUCAUUAG